UAUCAAAAAAGGAUAGAGUGUUUCGGGGAAGAAGACCCCAAGAACGCCAGGAAGAGAUACCUCGACCUUCUACCCCAGAGCCAACACCCGGACCUUCCAUUACAGAGUCCGUACAUAAAGUACAUCAAACGGUGAACACCCCGGAAUCCUCCCUUUCAGAAAAAUCAUUUUCCUCUUCCUUCUCGAAAGUGAGUCACCAUUUAGAGGAGUACGACAGCUUCGAGGGAAAUGAAAAUUAUAAUUUCAUAAAUUUUGAAAUUCUCAAUAAAUCUCUGGGGAACAUAGGUUGUUGUAUAACUUGUCAUGGUAAGCUCGAGGUGUCAGUAAUUUGUAGACGUGGUCUUGCUGCGAAACUUCAAUUGCUGUGGAAAAAUUGUGCAAAAUUUGACAAUUUUUGGAAUUGUUCUAAAAUUACUUUUAACACGGAAGGAAGUGGAAAUGUCGCUUUUUCUUUUACUUUGUCUUUUAUGGUAUUUAUAUAUAUUUUUAGGUGGUCAAACCGACUUUGACACUUUGAAUCUCAGGUUAGCCUAUGCCCUCAGGGCAAUCGGUAAAGUUCCUACUGCAGGCAAAAUUUUAUGCCUCCCCCCAUCACCAAACAUGCUUCAUACGACAGCAUCUUGGCUUCUGCUGCCAAAGAGGUGACCAAGGGAUCAAUGGUGAAUGCAGUAAAUGAAGCCGUGGAAACGAACGACAAUUGUAGGGACAUAAGUGUGGCUCUCGAUGACACAUGGCAAAAGAGAGACCACACUUCCCUGAAUGGUGUUGUUAGUGCGACCUCCAUUGAUACUUGUAAGAUCAUUGUCGUUGCACUAAUGUCAAAGUUUUGCCAUUGUUCUGGCAAACUGAAAAAUAAGUAUGAUGCCGACUGCCAGGCAAAUUUCAUUGGCUCCAGUGGGGCGAUGGCAGUUGCUGGGGCCAAACAGAUAAUUUGAGAUGUCACAACACCCGUCUUCGCAAUUUAAAAUCAAAGUUGGGGAAAAAAACUCCAAGAUGGAAAACCAAUUAGAGGAAAAAACAGGUUGACAGCCAUUACUAAAAUUGAAAAUUUUUAUGGUAAUGCUAUCCGUCAGCCUGAAAACAAUACAGUUGAGAGUAUGAAAGAAGCAGUUUGGGCAAUAUUUUUCCACAUUGUAUCGUCUAAUGAACACCCCAUUCAUGGCCUAUGCAAACCAUCUUGGUGCAAAUUUCUGAAAUGUCAAAAUGAAAAUACUGUGUAUGAUCAUUCAAAACAUUUUCACCUGAGCAGGGCAGUGAUGGAUGAAAUAAAACCUGUAUUUUGACAACUGGCCCACCCUGACUUGUUACAAAAGUGUGUUCAUGGGCGAGCCCAAAUAUGUCAUUUGGUCGUUUUCUAAUAAAGAAAGUUCAAAUAUAAAAUUAUUGUGUUUUCCUGUGAAUAGAACACCAACAGUAACUUGAAAGUGAUGGUUGUCAGUUCUGAAAGAAGA